AUGGAUGAGACCGACAAUCCCAUAAGAUUUGAGCCAAAAUCGCUCUCGAUUAAAAUAGUCAUCGGUAUUCUCGUCUUGCUGGUUGGAGCUGCAGUUUUCAUGGAAUUAGAGCGAACUAAAGGUGACCCAACUCCAGAAAAAUCCGACGCGACUAAACUAAAAGAAAGCUUAGCAGAAAAAUACAAUAUCAGUGUAACCGAUUUGAGACAACUCGAGACCGCCAUCGGACAAGAGGCGGCCGAGAAGGAAGACGCCAAAGGGCUAAAUCGCUGGACUUACGGCAAAUCUGUGUUCUUUGCAUUCACGAUUAUGACAACGAUUGGCUAUGGUCACAUGUCCCCACAAACAUGGCAAGGCCAGUUAUUCUGUAUCUUCUACAGCCUCAUAGCCAUACCAGUCGCUGGCAUCAUGUUACUCAGCGUUGGAAACCACGUGAGCUUGGCCAUUCGGGUCUUCAUCCGCUUCUUGGAGAGAACUUGCCUCAGUAGUGUAAGAUCGGGGAGUGCAGAAUUCAAAAGCUUCUUUGUCACUUUCCUGCUCAUGGUACUAAUGAUCUUUUUUGGCGCCAUUCUGACGUCACAUACAGAUGGCUGGACGUUCAUCGAAGGAUGUUAUUUCACAUUCAUCAGUGUGUCUACCAUCGGGUUUGGAGAUUAUGUUGUCAAUGACGGUGAGCUUAAAUCCACAAACCACGCAAAGACGUUUGCGGUUAAUUUUACAAUUGUAUUGAUCACCGUGGGACUAUGUGUUGUUUCCAGUGUCCUUUGCUCGGUCAGUGCUAUCAUCGAAGAGAGGCAAAAGCGAAUGCAGUUGCCUGAUUCAGCGACCAAUGCCUUGAACGCCGCUAAUUUAGCCUUGAAUACGGUCACAAGUAAUCUUCCGUUGAGGCUAUCGACCAGGGCUAAAAACGCGGUGGAUAGUGCUGUUGUUGAAACAAGGAAAGGAGAAAUAUAAGUCAUAAGCCAUACAGUUGCUCCGUGCCCGUCGCCAACUUUAGAGAAUACAGGAGGAUAGAAAGGCAAUGCUAACAGUUUCUCUGGCGCAGAAUUACCUGUUUUCAUAAAUAUCACAAAAUGAAGGCUUCCUGCUCGAAUGACCGCUGGUGCUCCAGCAAUUUGACUAAAAAUGUAGUUACAAAGUCAGCUGGUCACUGGAAUCAUCUGUGCUGCUGACACUAAAGCAAAUGACAACUUUGUCUUGCACACAAAGUGAAUAACAGAAAGAUAUCAAAAUGAUAAUAAAAAGGAAAGGGAAAGGUAGAAGAGAAAGUAUUGAUAGAAGAAAUUGAUUUAAAGUUAGUUCGUUUGCAGCUCAGUUAAAAAGCUAAGUUAAGUUUAUCAUGGAGGUUCGAUAAAGGGGCUCAUUCAGCUCUCUCACAUGUUUCAUACUGUUAUUCAGUGUAAAUGGCGUCCAAAUAAUAGGGCAGG